AUGAGUGACGAUAUAAUUCUUCAAACUCAAUUUGGAUCAUCUCGUAAUGAUGAUUCAACUGUUGUUUCUGUAUCAUUUGUUACAUCAGUACCAUCAUUAGCAACAAAAAAGAAUAAAUAUUUCUUUCAAUAUGUACUUGUUGCUGGUGUAACUAAUGUAUAUGCGGAUACAAAAGAAGGCGAUAUUAGUCGAACUAUUUUAGUCGGUAGUCUUAGUAGUAGUGUAGCAGCAGCACGUUUAUUUAUUGAUGACUUUGAACCAAAUCGUUUACCAUGGGAUUAUCUGGAAUUUAGUAGUCGAAGUGAGUAUGAUCCAUUUCUUGCAGAAGGUAUUGCUUGUGACGGUCUAUUUGCUGGUACUGAUGAUAUUAAAAGUCCAGAACAACAUGAUUGA